UCAUUGUUAGUUGGCCAUCAGGACCACGUACAGCAGAGGUUUAAAAAGUUCCCUCCCCGCUGCUCGCGAAGUGGACUGUCGGCUAAUCCUUGUCACCCACCGGCACCAUGAUGUCCUUUGCGGCGUGCGCCGUGCUCCUUGCUUUCGCGGUCGACGUUGCGCAUGGCGCCGUGCAAUACCACCAGCUGAUCAAAUGUAGCCAAAACUACAGCGCUGAGAUCAUGGGCGUGGUGACUAGAGAUGCCGUUGUUGGCCAGCAGAUGACUGCCAAGAUCAAGCUGCGUGUCUACGACACCAUCCUGAAAGAACUGAAGAUGAGAGUCGCACUCUUCACGCCUCAAGGCACAGUGGUACCAUGCAUCGAACGUUUCGGAUCUUGCGUCUAUGACGUUUGUGAAGAUGUGCCCGAGAGCAAGAUGACUAUGUGGACGACCAAGUGUCCUGUGAAGCCAGGCACCUACUGGCGCAACUUGGUGUUCCGAGUGUCGCCGAAACUGCUGAAGUACAUUGGUAAUGGAAACCUGAUUGCUGCCUUGAUGUUGGAAAGCAAGGGCAAGAAGCUUUCGUGCCAGGCACUUCACCUGCGAGUCUUCAAGACGCGGCCCACAACGGACAUUUGGGAUUAAGACGCCGUAUCGAUGAUGAUGAGAACAAAGGCGCAUGGAGGUGAUCACUGAACUUUGUGACCAAUAAAGAGACUAUGUAUGGAUGGCAA